UAAUCUCUCAAAUUCUGGAUCUAAACUUUCUACCGUCCUUUUAACUCUCUCCCUGGAACAAAUAAUCAAGCAGUCUCAUUAAAAGGUUAAAACAAAACGCUUCCACCAAUUUGCAUCUUUGACAAUCUUCUGCCAGGUUUUUGGUGAGUGUUCUCUUUCUACCUCUCCCUAGUUUUUCUUUCAACUCUUGGAAUUCAAAGAGAAACGAAACCCCAUUUCAUUUAUCUCCCUGAAAAUUCAUUUCUACUUGCCUAAGCUGCAACAAGACUUCAGCUUUAUUGAUCAAGAUCUUUGCUUUACAUAGUUUAUGCUUGACUUCGUGGAAUUCAAUCAAAUAAGGUCACGAUCUUUAUUCAUUAAUCUGUCCAUUUACCUAUCUGGUUAUGCUUAAAACACAUAAAUUUCGAAGCUUUUCAGCUGGAUUUGUAUUAUCAUGAAUAACUAUCCAUUCGGGUCAAAUAGUCCUAAGUCCUUCAAUGCAUAUCCAAGGGGUGAUUUUGAUCUAGAAUCAGGAACUAUCAAAAGAAUCAGAAGGCCUAGAAAUUCAUCAUUUUACCCUAUUAGAAUGAUUAAGUCCUUCGCUAACCGGCUUCAUUACUAUUACAAGCUACAUCCACUUCUUGUUUUCUUCAUUUCCUUGUCAUUUGGGGUCACGAUCCUCAUUGUUUUAUCUCUAUAUGAGCACCACUAUAGGAUGCUGAGUAAUUAUAGGAAGCUUGAUGAUGGGUUCAAUAUUAAUUAUCCCUUUGCCAAGCUUAAGAAUCUUGUAAUGGUUGCUGGACAUUCGGUUUAUACAAGUAGUAGUUGUGGGAAAGUUGAUAAGGAGGAUUCUUGGUUUUUGGAGUCUUAUCAGAAGAAUCCAGGUCAGGCUGCUACUUUUUUGGCUCACAUAAAUGAAGGGAUAGAAAUCACGGCAAGAGAUGGUGAGGCUUUGCUUUUGUUUAGUGGUGGAGAAACUCGAAAAGAUGCUGGUCCUCGAAGUGAGGCGCAGAGUUAUUGGACAGUUGCUGAAUCCAAAGGAUGGUUUGGGAAGGAAGAAAGUGUGAAGUGGAGGUCACUAACAGAGGAGCAUGCAAGGGAUAGCUUUGAGAAUCUUCUCUUUAGUGUUUGUCGGUUUCGAGAGCUUACUGGGACAUACCCACACAACAUAACUGUUGUAAGUUACGAUUUCAAGGAAGAGAGGUUUGCACACUUGCAUCGCUCUGCCAUUGGCUUUCCAGAGUCACGGUUCUUCUACACAGGCACCCCAGCUUCAACAUCUUCGAAAGAAGCAGCUUUGAAAGGGGAGGCAUUGGUGAGGAUUCAAUUUCAACAGGAUCCAUACGGAUGUAUCGGACCACUUAAGAGGAAAAAAGUAGGCCGUGAUCCCUUCCAUCGGUCAAUCCCUUAUCCCAAUGGAUGCCGUGAAAUUGAAGGUCUGUUUAGAUAUUGCGGGGCUGCUCCUUAUCCAGGUUCUCUGCCAUGGGCAUUGUAAAAUUAGCUAUACCAUAGUACUUCUUUUCAUAGCCUAUACCACACCUAGACCUCCAAAACGAGAUUAAAUAAUUUUUCAAUUACCGAAUUAACGGAAAAAGAAAAGAUGGAUUUGUGAUAAGAUCGCAACCCUCUUUCUCUCUAGUUCUUCCUCAUUGUUGCCACUUUAGAUUGUAGGAUCAUAGUUGAUGGAGGAAUAUGUCCUUUUUUUCCAGUAAUCUACUGUACCACCUGACUGCAUUUUUGUAGUCCACUUUGACAUGGCAACCAACCCUUAAUCCGAA